UGGCAAUUUGGGACUCUACAUAGAGGCUUGCACUACAGGCACCUGUGUAACAGCGUUUGCUGGAGGGCUGUGAGUGUUGGAAGACAGUAUGAUGAACGGGAGCAGUGAGGCUUGGCUAAAUUCAGUCAAUAAGGACAAUAAAGCAGCACUUAUGCUGUGGAUGAAAAGCUAUAACAUUGACCUAGUCCAGGUCAAUGGACAGAGAAAAUAUGGUGGCCCCCCUCCAGGCUGGGUUGGGGAAACCCCUCCCUAUGGAUCCGAAGUUUUCAUUGGCAAUCUGCCCCAGGAAAUAUAUGAAGACAGACUCAUUCCUUUGUUUCAGUCUGUUGGCAAGCUGUUCGAAUUUAGAUUAAUGAUGACCUUCAGUGGUCUGAAUCGUGGCUUUGCAUAUGCCCGCUACCCCACCAGGCGCAUGGCGGAGCUAGCGAUAUCCCAUCUGAAUGGCCACGAAAUAAAACGUGGCUACAGGAUCGUGGUCAGCAGAAGCACAGAGAAGUGCGAGCUUGCACUUGAUGGCCUCCCAAGUGUUUUGGAUAAAGACAAUCUAACCAGGAUCCUGUGUGGACUGACUGCUGGCGUGGAUACGGUCUCCCUGCAUGCCAGCCCUAUGACGGAUAUGAAAAAUAUGGCCAUAAUUAGGUACAACUCGCACAGGGCAGCUGCCAUGGCAAAGAAAAGCUUCUGUGAAGGUACCAAUCUGUUGUACGGCUGCCCUUUUCAUGUUGAUUGGCUGCAGCCCACCGUAAAACAAAAGCAGCAGUCCGGUGGUCUUCUGCAGCCGCAUUCGUUCUUGCCUCAGAUGUGGAACAGUGAGACCAAGCAGAAGAAGUUCUCAGUGAGUGGAGUCCAGUGUCUUCAGCUCAUCUGUGACCGAAUGAAACUGGGUCAGCCAGUUUACCAAAUAAAGUUCCUGGGCAUGGGCUCCUGUGGCUGGCUGAGGUUCUGGUAUCGUGUAGUGAUACCCAAGCACUGUGCUCCAUUCACUGGCUAUUCCUGGCUUCUUGGGGACAACCUCAUACCGACUGACAAGCAUGACCAAGCCAAGGAGAUGGUGGCCUUGCGGCUGUUGAGUGAAUUGGGGUACGUUGUUGACUAGCCUACUUUUUAUGGUGAAGAUCUCGCAUGAUUUUUAUGUUUUUUAUCAGAAUGUUUGGAGUCCCAGAGAAGAAUGAAAACAUCAGGAUAUCCAGAAAUGAAUGCAAUUUGAAUGGCUUUAAGACACUUUCUUUUAUUGUACUUAUUAUGUUUGGCACUUCCAUAUCUUUUGUAAUUGUUUUUGUGUUUUCUGCACUUUGAGAGUUUUGCAAAAUGUUCACUUUGAAAAAACACGAUCACUAUUUGAAUGCGUUUUGAGCACUGAAAACCUGUAAUUUACAGGCAUUCUGUUUAAUGAGGAUUUCUUUUUAAGGAAAUAUUUCACGUGUAGUAUUAAUAAGCAAAAUCUUCUGUCUUGUGUUUUCAUUAUCCAUGUAUCAAAAUGACUUAUUUUAUGCUAAAUGAUAAAUAUUCAAAAUGAAGCUUAUCUGGAUUUCA